UCAAAGACAUUUCCCUCUACAAAUUGUCCAGAAGAGAGCAAGCCACCAGUCCGCAUACGUUGCAGUCUGGGGCGCUGUCCACCUCCCAAAUGGGUUACCGGAGAAUGGGGACAGUGUUCGGCACACUGCGGUCUGGGACAGCAGAUGAGAACAGUGCAGUGUCUAUCAUACACGGGCAGGCAUCAAACGAUUGUCUAGAAUCUCUUCGCCCAUCUUCAAUGCAACAGUGUGAAAGCAAAUGUGACAGUAGCCCUAUUUCCAACACAGAGGAGUGCAAAGAUGUGAACAAAGUGGCUUACUGCCCGUUGGUGCUGAAGUUCAAAUUUUGUAGCCGAGCG